AUGAAAAUGAUUAAUACGUUCUGCCACCUCUUCUCUCCUUCAGGUAAUUCCUCUUUGUCGGCCUCCACGCUGGUGACAGUGCACAUUCUGGAUGUAAAUGACAACAGCCCAGUUCUGGUGGGCAAUUACUCCUGGAAAUACCUGUGCACACCUCGCUGGGAGGAUCAGGCUCUGGUUCUGGCCUCUCGGGACAGCGAUGGGCCCCAGCAUGGAGGAAGGCUCAACUUCUCCCUCCGCAGUGACGCCACUGUCCGCCGCAACUGGAAGCUCACUCCUAUCAAUGACACUCACACCAACCUGUCUUUGAAUGUCCCAUACCUGCCUCCAGAGGUUUACAUCGUACCAUUUACCAUCUCAGACAGCAGCUCUCCACCCAGAAGCACGUUCAUCAAUCUGCCAGUGACGGUUUGCCCAUGCAAUGUGAGAGGGAACUGUAGAACAGCACCAAAACAGCUUCAGGGCAUGCCCACUAUUCAGUCAACAGUGGGCAUCCUGCUCGGAACUCUGGGAGUUAUAGGCGUCAUACUGAUUGUUGUAUUUGUGAGACUGUCCUACCAGAAUUCAACACCACCAAACAAAGGCUGCCAGGAACGAGUGCCACUUAAAGUCUCUCUCUAA